AUGUGUAGGAUCGUCGCUUUAAUAGCGUUAUUAUGGUGUAUCAUGCCAAAGACGGACGCGGGAAAUGUCGCCAUCGUCAAGCUCGUCGUCAUCGAAGGCAAUUGGCAGCAGCCGUUGAACUCCACCUUGAACAAGGUUUUUUUGAAUGCACUUCUUCUUUUAAACUUUUUCGUAUAUUUAUGGUAAUUUCAGAUGGUAUGGCAAGUGGUUUCCACGGAUCGCUACGCUCUCCAAGGCUUCCGGGUUCGCCCGACAGCUAACACAAGUCUGUGCGAACUCGUUGGAAACAUUGAUCGGGGCAAGGAGGCGUCCGAUUUCAUUCUAGUCGUUAUAAGGUACUUGAGGGAAGAAUUUUUUCUGGUCGUUAGAAGGGACUUCAGGGAGAACGGAAAAGCUCCCGGAAAGCUUUUUUCAAAAAAAUGUGUUUUUUUUUUUCAUAUUUCGCCAUUUACUCGGGCAAAAUUUCGAUAUGGUGAAUGAAAGGUAUUAAAUUCCGAAAAAAAAAAACGGUGCAGAAAGGCAACAGGUAGGAAGAGCCUUCGUCACUAAAAAGUAACCUUCACCAGCCUUUAUGGACCCUAGGAGGGUCCUUAUUGGAACCUUCCGUCUGUGCUUAUGUUAUUUAAUUUCGUUGCAGUGAGAUGGCGGAAAGAUUGGAGUGCGAUCCUGAAUGGGGGCGACAAAAUUUCGCCAUUCUUCGGGUAAAAACUCAGCUUGAAGAAUAGAAGGAAACCAAAGGGUUUUCAGAUUAUUGGUCUAUUCCCGAACCGCGAUUUGUUUGGCGGAGUGGUAUUAUAUUAUUUUUCUUCUGAAACAAAAUAUCUUGAAAAAUUUUGAAAAAUUAAUUCAGAUCAUUGGGCAUAUUACAGUAUAGCCCCCCGCAUAUGUUGGAUAUCACCCCCGCGACACGUUCGAACAAGCCCCCCACACUUAUCCAAUAUAGCCCCCCGGAACUAUCCAGUAUAACCCCCACACCGAAAAAAAGUCACGCAACGAUCACGCAGGACACGUGUCAGAGCUUCCAUUUUUUUAAUUUAUUUUUCUAAUUUUUUUCGUAUCAUUCGUCGUUCUUGGUUGUUUCAAAUGUUUUUGUAUUUUCGCAUGUAAAUUCGUGUUCUUUUUGUGAAUUUAAUAAUUUUUUUGUGAUUUGAUUUGUAGAUCAUGGAAGAAAUUAGGUCGCUGACCGAGUUUCAAGAGAAGUUCAAGUCAGACAAAGAAGUUUACGGGUACGUCUCGCCGAGAUACGUACGAAUAUCAUAAAAUUAUGGGGCGCUGACCACUUAGAAAAAAAUUUAAGACGAACUUUAUUAGUUUUUCAAUCAAGUAAUUGUUCUGAGGAAUAGAAUUUUUUUGCUUUUUUUCUUUUCAUGCACAUUAAUUAAUAAAUUACUUAGGAAAAUAGGCUUAGUUUUUAAGGCUUCACACGGAGGCGGAGCGCGCAUAGCGCGAAGCCGACUGUGGCUCGCUUCGAAAAAACUGAGCCACAGUGAACAAUUCGUCAAAUAAAUGAAAUACUUGACAUAGAGGGGGGUCAUUCUGAAAUGGAGGGGGGCCAUUCUGAAAUGAGAGGGGGCCAUUCUGAAAUGAGAGGGGGGUCAUUCUGAAAUGGGAGGGGGGCUUGUUCGAAUGAGCUCUGGGGGGACUAUUUCAAAGCCGUGCGGGGGGCAAAUAGGAAAGAUUGCCUAGGCAUUUCAGAAUCGCCCCCCGUUUCGUACUGCGGGGGGCCAUUCGAGAAUACAUAUUCACCCCCCGCGUUCGAUUCUUCCCCCCACAUGAAGUCCUCUUAUUUUACCCCCCGCAGAUCGGAACUUGGCUUGGUGGGGGGCUUGUUGGAACGCGGGGGGCAAAAACAGUGUGGGGGGCGAUUCUGGAAUUUUCCCCAGAUCAUUUUUUUGACACUAAAUUAGACGAAUUUUUUGGAAGUUUUUUUUCAAAAGCGAGUUUCAUAAAAUCACAUUUUUUUGUACCCUGCGGAAAAAAUUAAAAAAUUCCAGCUCUACGUCGGCUCUUCUGAUCUGGCGCCUAUCUCGAAACACAACGUGACGAGAAUGUCCCAAGUGAUGACUAUAGUGGACCGCGUCCGCUUCGAUUACCCUCACAGUCGGAUUCCUGACAAUUAUCCCCAAGCCGCUGUGAGUAAAAUUAAGAUCUUUGAAAAACUUCUUCUCUUCAGAAGCGUCAAGAGAAGAAGAAGCGGCAAUUUUUCCUGGCAAUCAUCGCCCUGCUGGUCAUGUGCGUGCUCGCCUUGCUCGUCAUUUUGUUCAUCAACAGCUUGUCGCACUUCAACGAACGCAAGCACAAGGGAGAGCCCAAACACAAAAAGAAAACCAACGAAAUGGUUCUGGAAGACGUUUGGACCUUGAUAAAUUUGAAAUAAGAACUAAAAAGAGAUUCAGGUUCAAAAAAACAAGUCCACUACCAAAUCCAAGUCGAAAGAGGAGACCCUCACUUUGAGCAAAUCGGUGAAAUUUUCAGAAUUUUAUCAGAUGGUUUUAAAAAAAUAGAAAUUGGAAUCGGGAAGAAAGAUAGAUUUUAAUAGCCGCUCUAUAAUAUUUUUGCCGAUCUUUGAGCCAAUUAGACUCGUCUGCGUCUUUUAUCUCCCUUCUAGGUGCAUAAAACAAUGAAUUAAGUAAAUACGUAAAUAUUAGAUAUUCAAAAGGAACUUAGACUAUUCCAAGUCGCGACUAGUAGAUCGAACUCUUAGGAGCACCAUUUCGAGCUAGUGAAACAAGAGGAAAUCACGCUUAUAUCAUUGAAAUCAGCGGUGAACAAGCCUUCUUCAGAAAGAGCUCGUCAAUGAGCCGUCGAAGGAUGAAGCGAUGCCGACGGCGGUGUCGUCGAAGGCCAAGUCGCAGAAGUCGGUGGUCAGCGAGAAGGCCUACGGUGACACGAGCAAGAGAAUGAUGGACAAGGAGAAGGAAGAGAGUAAAAAGAAGACGGAGAAAAAGGAAAAUGAAGAAAAGAAAGAAAAGCAAGAAAAGGAGGAGAGCAGCAAGAAGAACAGCAAGAGGAGUAACAAGUCGGCCGAAAAAGACAAGAGCAAAGAACCGGUGAUGGACUCGACCAUGCAUAGCAAGCUGGAGAAAACUGACCAGAAGAGCGAGAAGGAGCUUUGA